CACAGAACAAGCCGCUGAAGAGGUAUGGAUCCCCAGCUGCGAGCGAUACGCCAAGCGGCCAGGGAGAAGUUCCUCCAGGCCAAUGCCCCGAAGCCUUCGAAAGCGGCUGUGGCCGACUCCGCGCUGCCGGAGUUCCUGGCGCAUCUGCCGCCGGAGAGGCUGCAGCAGUCCAUCGGCUCGCUGCUGGCGGAUGCGCCCCCGGAGCCGCCGCCGAAGCGCGCGAAGCCGAGCCCUGACGUGGUGGUCAUCCCGAAGGAGCGCACGGAGGAGAUCCAAGCGCUGCUGCGUCAGCCCGCGCCCAAGGAGUUCCGCGUGUUGUCCUGGAACAUCGACGGCCUGGACGAGGUGGGGGGCGCCCAAGCGCUCAUGCAGCGCUGCUUGGCAGUGGCCAAGGAGGUGGCGAUCCAGCGCCCUGCGGCAGUUCUGCUGCAGGAGGUGAUCCCGCCGGCGCUGGAGCUGCUGGCCUCUCCCAAGGUUCUGGGCGGGACCUAUGAGGUGGUGGUUCCCAAAGAUCCGCCGCUGCCCUAUUACGUGGCCAUCCUGCUGGACAAGCAGCGCCUCAGGGCGCUCGAGCCGCCGAGCACGGCCGCGUUUCCGGGGACGCAGAUGGGGCGGCAGCUGCUGUCCGUGGCCGCCAAGGUAUUGGAUGCGGAGGCGCCGCCGGUGGUGAUUGCCACCGCCCACCUCGAGAGCACCAAGGACCACGGCGUGGAGCGGAAGCGCCAGCUGCUGCAGUGCCUGCGCUUCCUGCGGAGCGAGCUGGGCCGCGCGGUCAGCGGCGGCCGCGUGGGGGCGGCGAUGCUGGGGGGGGACCUCAACUUGAGGGACGAGGAGGUGAAGGCAGUCCAGAAGGAGCUGGGCGAUGGCUCCGGCCUCUGCGACGCCUGGGUGGCCUGCGGGUCUCCGGAAAACGAGAGGUGGACCUGGGACACCAGCGCCAACACCAACAUCGGCGCCAGCUUCGUCUGCAAGACCCGCUUCGACCGCCUCUUCUUCCUCAGCGACUGGUCGCUCAGCAGCCCCAAAGCGCGGGGCAUGGCGAUCGCGAGCGGAAAGGCGAAGGCGAAGGCGAAGGCGAAGGAUCUCUUCCAGAAAGCCGAGGCAGUUCCGUGCGACGGGUGGCGGCCGACGAGCUUCGCGUUGCUGGGCAAGGCCAAGGUGCCGGGCCUGGGCCGCUUCCCCUCGGACCACUGGGGGAUUUUGACCUCCUGGGCAUGGAGCGAGGCGCCACAGGCUCCGGAGCCGGCGGCCGCGGCGACCUCCGCCGAAGCGAAGGCCAAAGGCUUCGGCCUGAAGCCGAGCGAUGGAGAGGGAGCCAUUGACUUGGAUUAGAGCGAUCGGCAAAAGUUUCGGUUGCAACAAACAU